AUGAAGGAGUUAUGGUUGGGUGGUCGUGGUAAAGGCUUGGUGAGGUGUAUAGUUGACGAUGAAGGAGCUAUGGCUUUAAGGUGUGAGGAUGUGGUGGAUGCGGUUGUAGUGGAUCGACAAGGAGUGGGGAAGGUGGCGACGAAUGAGGUGAUGAUCGGUGGUGGUGGCCGGUGGUGA